AUGGAAGCAAAGAAUAAAACAAAACCAAAAUCAACUAAAUAAAAAGCAAAACUUUAGUAAAUUAUGUCAAUAAGUUUUGAAAAUAUCUAAAAAAAGAAUAAUUAGCCAGAUAAUCAAAAUAAUGUUAUUUAGGAAGAUUAAGAUGAAUCAGCAUAAUAGUUUUAAAAAAUUUCAGAAGAUGAAUAUUAAAAUUAAUUAGAUGCUUAUCAUCAAGAAUAGAACAAAAGAUUUUCAUUUAGUUAACCAAUGCCAGAUUUGUAUUAGGUUUAAUUACAAUAAUAAUAGCAUUAAUAUUAACAAUUAUUGAAUAAAUAAUAAAAUGUUCCUCCAGUAUCACCUAAACAUAAGCAAUCUUAAAAUUAAAAUUAGUCCUAAUAAAUUUAAAAAUAAUAAUAAUAAGAAUAGAAUAUUAAUGAAUCACAUUUAACUAAUAUAACAUAAUAAAGUCCUGUUUUUAUUCCAUAACUUCCUAUUAAAUAAGUAUUCUAAUAAUAAUUGGAUAAAAGUACCAAAAAAUCAAGUCAUCAACAUGAAGAAUUAUUCUAAAUUAAUUCAUAAUUAGAUGAUAGUUAAGAUAUACCAUAAAUGAAAAAGAUGUCUAUAAAAUCUGAACAUAUUAAAAAAUAAUCUAGAUAAAAUAAUUCUAAUACAAAUAAUAUUAGUAACAUAUUAGAUAAUUUCUUAAGUCAUCGAUAAAAAGUAAAUGAUUAAUCAGGACUCUAUUAAUCAGAAUUAUUUGAAGCACCUUAAUUAUAACAUUUUGGUGGAGGUUAAAAUGAAUAAUCUGUAAUUUAAUAAUAAUCUCUUUUAUAAUCUAUUCAUAAUGAAACUAUGGAAAUUGUUAAAGAUCAAAUCUAAUAAUAUCAUUUUGAUGAUAUUUAUUAACAUGCAAGGAAAGAUUCAUCAAUUUAAAAAUCUCUAGUGAAUGAUAAAGAUGAAGAAGACUUAGAUAAUUUAUUAUAAGAUUUGUAUGAAUGUACAACAAAAUAAAUUCCUAAGUAAGUCAUUGAAUCUAAUCCUAAAAUAGUUAAUUAGUAGGCUAAGGAAAUAAUGAAUACUGUCUUUGAAAAUCCUCCUUAAGAUAAAUAAUCAUAAAUUAAUAAACCUAUACCUUAUCUAACAGGCAGUAAAAUUGUAAGUGAGUAAAAAAAUGAGAACUAGAGUCCUGCUUAUAAAAAUAAAUUAUAGGAUGAAGUUACUAAGUUUUCAACUUAAGAAUAAAAUAAGAAAAUGAAUAUUGAAGAUUACUUUAAUAUAAAAUAAUAAUCUUCAUCAAAUCAAUAAUAAAAUAGUAAUAAAGAAACAUUUAAUUAUUAGUCUAUAUAAGAAAAGUUAAAAAAUUCAAUUUAAAUCAAAGAAGCUGAAAAUUAAAAUGUCUAUUAAUAAUAAUAAUAAAUGAAUUUUAAUACAAAACCUUUUUAAAUAAGUUCUACUGAUAGAAAUUACAAAAUUAAACAAAGUUUUGGAUAUGAACUUACAUUUAGAUAACCAUAAAAACAUUUACUCACUAUUUCACAAUACCUUUUUAAAUAUUCAAAAUUAAUAUAAGAACCUAAUUUGAAAAGAUUAACUGAAAUUAAAGUUGAAACUGCUAUUGAAAAUAAUAAAAAUCAUUAAAUAUUAUUUGAAUAAUAUGAUGCUUAAUUAUUCAAAGACUUUUUGAAAGAAAAAGAUCCUGAAUUUUAUUAAUUAUGUUCUACAAAUUUCAUAUUAUUUUAAUAAGGAGAUUCCAAUGAGACUAAUUCAGCCUGGGUAAAAUGUUAUAUGUUAUCUGAAAAUUUAAUAUCUUAUUUAUUUUCUUUAGGAUUUACAGUUGAUGAUGUUAACUUCCAAAAUAUCUUAAAAGAAACUUAUUUAUAUUAAGAAAAAAAUAAGAAAGAUAAAUAUCAAUUAGAUUUGGAUGCUGCUUAUUUUAGUGUUUAUUAAUCAUUUAAAUUGAUUUAUCCAGAUUUCAAUAAAUUAUUGGAAGUAGUAAAAUUUUUUUAAAAUCCAGAAACCAAUCUAAUUGAUAUAUCCACAGUAAAAUUAGUAUUGAAUAAAAUGAUUAAUGAAGAAAAAAUCAAUAAUGUUUUUAAAUGGCCAGACUCUUCUAUUAAAUAUGAUUAAUUGUUUAAAGUGUUAACUUUGUUACCUUAUUGA